UCCUACACUAGCAAAAGUAAAGAGAUACUUAUUUAUCAAUGUGUAUCGAACGGCAUAUCUGUAUUGAUGGAACAAAGAACUUUCGAGAUUUAGGUGGAUACCUAACAAAUGAUGGGCGCUGUCGUAUAAAGUGGCGGCGGUGCUUUCGCAGUGAUCAUCUUGGUAAUGUCCCCUCCACCGAAAGCAACUUCCGUCUUUUGCGUGAUACGUUAAAUAUUGGAUGUAUCAUAGACCUUCGAAGCCCUGAGGAGCGCAAAGAACAUUCAUAUAUGAUCCCAGGUAUUCUGAUAUACAAGAUACCCAUAUCAGCGACUGUACCCAUGCUUAAUAAAGCUGAUGGUGUUCCUCAGUUCACUGAGGAACAUGCAGAAGGUUAUAUGCUUCAUUUAUAUGAACACUUUAUAGAUCUUAAAUCUGUCUGGAAGGCAUUUUUCAGAAUUUUAGUUGUUCAAGCACAAAAGGAUUACGCGGUGUUGUUUCACUGCAAGGCUGGUAGGGACCGGACGGGGUUUACUGCCGCACUCAUAAUGCUUCUCUUGGAUAUCCCAUUGGAAGUAGUCUAUGAAGAAUACUUAUCGAGUAACACAUAUUCCGAUCAUCCAUUCAUUGAUACUUUGAAGGGCUUAAAUAUGGAGUGCCAUGCCGCUUCUGCUCUCUGCACAGCUCGACGGGCGUAUCUUGAGAGAGCGAUUGAAUUGCUAUGUAACCAGUAUGGCAGCGUUAAAAAUUAUGUAGAAAAUGAGCUUGGCCUAACAGUGAAGGAAAUAGAAUUGCUGAAACAGAGGUUUUUAGAAGAGGUUUAAUUGCAAAUAAAUUUAACACUGAAGCAUCUUUAAAAAUGUAUUUGAAGAAAAUACACAACACAUCUAUUUUGUUUUUCGACAUCAAAAAAAAGAGGUCCUCAGAGUUAUUUGAGUUGUAUACAUACUAAUGCCUUGGUAGCGCCUUCCAUACUUUAUGUUUUAGCUCCAUAUAGUAUGUGUUUUUCUACUCUUCCAUGCAAGGCAGAAUAUUUUUUCCAAUUAUGCCUACGAUAUGUAAGUUUAUUAAAAUCUUUGAUUCAUCUUCUGAGGCUGUUUCACCUCAAUAGAUCUAAAUCUUUUAAUGUUUCUGUAGUAUCUCGAAGUGUAGUCUUACUACGUGGUUAUGAGGAGAAGAACCAAGUAAAAAAACAUCACUAAAGACCGACAAACAAAAGUCAUUUUUAUUGAUUUAUUAUUUUUUUAGGAUUAAAACAAUCCUUUUUAUUCAUUUUCAGAUUAGGAAUAUUUAUGCUUCUGAUUAUAUAUAUAUUAUUGUUAUUAUUAUUAUUUGAGCGUGUUACCUGAUCUACUCUUUACCAAGAUAAGACAUCAACGUGAUGCGGUAUAGAAGUACAAUGGACGUUGUUUACCGUUUACAAUCGAUGUGAAUUUUCCAAAGCACGGUCUUACUCAA